CCUUCAAAUGCAUCAGGGCAUCAGGCCGUUUUUGUUCGUUCUUCUCGAGAAAAAGAGAGCUGAGUUUAGGUUUCCAUUACCGGGCAACCCACAAAACUAAAGCCACUCCAUCUGUCUGCUUCUUCUCCCGCCGAUUAGUUAAGAUUUUCCAUUAGUUCGUUGACAGACCAACCAAUCAAUCCUGCCGUGAUCAUUAAGAAUGAGAAACUUAGGGUUUUUUUGGAGAAGUAUGGUUCAAAAUUCAAAUCAUUUUGGCUCCUUCAAGAACCCAACAAGAAAUUUCUUUGGUCUCUCUUCUUUAAUCCGUUCUUACUCUUCAGGUUAGGAAUCUAAUUCUUAUACUUGUUCUAGGAUUAGAUAUGCAAUUAUCGACUGAUAUGAUCAGAAUCAUGGAACAAAGGUUAACAGCAAUUGAAUAUAAAUCCAAAUAUCUCGAGAACAUACUAAAUCAGCCAGAAGCCUCGCCAGCAGAUUACUCACAAGCUAAUAAGGAGCUUCGGAAGCUACGUGAUUCUAUGGACCUGAUAAAUGAUUUGAGAGCCAAGCAAAAGGAAAUUGAUGGCUUGAAAUCGCUGAUUGCUGAAAGUUCAGAAGAUAAAGAUAUGUAUGACAUGGCAAACGCAGAGUUGGGUGAGGCUACAGAAGAUGAGAAGAGAAUUCAGCAACUCUUGCUUAAGUCAAUGCUGCCUAAGGAUGAUGCUGAUGAAAGGGAUUGUAUUUUGGAGGUGAGAGCAGGGACUGGAGGUGAAGAGGCAUCUUUGUUUGCGAUGGAUAUUUUCAAAAUGUAUGAGAGAUAUGCACAAAAGAAAGGUUGGAAGUUUGAAGUUGUAGAUAUUACGGAGUCCGAUCUUAAAGGAUACAAGGAAGCGAGUGGAUCAAUUACUGGGAUUGGAGUGUACGGUACACUUAAAUUUGAGAGUGGAGUUCACAGAGUGCAGCGAGUUCCGUUGACAGAGAAGUCUGGACGUGUGCAUACUAGUGCUGUAUCUGUUGCAAUUCUCCCUCAAGCUGAUCAGGUGGAUGUACAGUUGAAGAACGAAGAUUUGAAGAUAGAUACUUACAGAUCCGGUGGUGCAGGUGGUCAGCAUGCAAAUACAACGAACAGUGCUGUGAGGAUGACGCAUAUUCCAUCAGGGAUUACAGUCACCAUGCAAGAUGAACGAUCUCAGCAUAUGAACAGGGCCAAAGCCCUUAAAGUCCUGUGUGCAAAGUUAUACGAAAUAGAAAGGUUAAGAGCUCAGAUGAGUCGAUCGCAGCUCAGAAUGGAGCAGAUUGGUAGUGGGGACAGGUCAGAACGCAUUCGCACAUAUAACUUCCCUCAAGGACGUGUUACUGAUCACCGUGUAGGGGUCACACACCACUCAAUAAACGAUAUAAUGCAGGGAGAAGGCUUGGAUGUCUUUGUUGAUGCCCUUCUUUUACGGCAAGAGAUGGAUGCAGUUGCUUCAUUUAACUCUGAUUAAUGGAAGAAAUUAAUUAUUUGUCAAAGCAACAAAAGUAAAUUCUUGUUUGUCGCCUUUUACUGAUGCAGAAUAAUGUAUGUCUUUGUUUUUGGAGAAUAAUAUAUCUUAGCUUCAUAUAAGCCAUGUUUGUUAUAACUAUUUACAGAGUAUUACAGCUUACAAUAAUCGGCUGUUAGAGGUCAAAACAAGAGAUUGUUAAUGAGAU